ACCAAAGUCUUUGAAAAAAAAUUUGUUUAUUUCCUUUCUUUUUCUCUUCCUUAAGAAGUAAGAGCACAGACCAAAGGCUUCGCCUUUUUUCUGCAAAAAGCCAUCACUGGAAGUCUAUCUUUUCUGUUCGCUGUUAUUUAAUUUUCUAAAGCAGCCUUAACACUGUUGCAACUUUCAGAUUUGGUGUUUUUUUUUUUUUCAGCGUUUGAGAUUCUGGGUAGUUGUUUAUUCAAAAGUUGACCAUUGGAUCGGAGUGGAGGUGGCCGGCGAUCAGUUUCCGGUUACUGGUUUUAAUUAGUGAUUCUGAGCUUAAAGCUAUAGCUUGCAGAGUUUCAGUGUCUGGGCUUAAUCAUUGGUUAAUGUGAGUUUUAGGGUCAGAUGCUCAUAAAGAGCAGGUAGGUGGGUAAAAAAGGGCAGCUUGACUGGUAGCUGAGAGAGAGAGAGAGAGAGUUAAAACGAAACCCUAGAAGAAAAGAGGAACUUUGUCUCCAAAAGCUUCAUUGAAAUUCCAAGAUGAAAUUCUUUUUGUCCAGUAGCUUCCUUUUUUAAAUUCUGAGAUAAAUGAUCUUGAUUUUUUUCACCCUUUUCCUCUAUUUUGUCCACUAGUUUUUGAUCUACAAUUGUCGUUACUAGUGCGUAAGUAGUUUUAUUUUCCAUUUCUAGUACUCAUGCCGGUCGAUUUAGAUAAUUCCUCUACGGCUUCCGGUGAAGCUAGCGUUUCUUCCUCCGGCAACCAGCCUCCGCCACCCAAACUCACCGCCACGGGCAAGAAAAAACGGAACCUCCCUGGAAUGCCCGAUCCAGAUGCAGAGGUGAUUGCUCUUUCACCGAAAGCCCUUUUGGCCACGAACCGAUUCGUGUGUGAAAUUUGCAGUAAAGGGUUUCAAAGGGACCAGAACUUGCAGCUUCAUCGUCGAGGCCAUAAUCUACCGUGGAAGCUGAGGCAGAGAUCCAGCAAGGAAGUGAAGAAGAGAGUUUAUGUGUGUCCUGAGCCAACUUGUGUUCACCAUGAUCCUUCUAGAGCUCUGGGCGAUCUCACGGGGAUAAAGAAGCACUUCUGCAGGAAACAUGGUGAGAAGAAGUGGAAAUGCGAUAAGUGUUCGAAGAAAUACGCGGUUCAGUCUGACUGGAAAGCUCACUCGAAGAUUUGCGGCACAAGAGAGUACAAAUGCGAUUGUGGAACUCUGUUUUCAAGGAGGGAUAGUUUCAUCACGCACAGAGCCUUCUGUGAUGCUUUAGCAGAGGAGAGUGCCAGAACUCAGCCUCAAACUCCAACACCGGCUUCGAAUCUACCUGCUGUGAAUCCAAAACCGAAUCCAGAAUCGGAGCCGAAUAUGCAGGUUGAUCCGUCUCCACCUCCACCGCCUCCGCCGCCACAACCACCAGUAGCUCCAGCUCCACCAGCUUUGUCUCAGCCAGCUGGUGUAAUAUCUUCUGCGGUUUCACCGACUCAUGGUCCAGACUUGCCAGAUAAUCCCACUCCAAAUAUAGAAGAAGCACGGGCACCGGCACCAGCACUGGCAGGUUUAAAUGGAAGCUGUAGCAGUAGCACCAGCUCAAGCAGCAAUGGCAGCAGCAGCAGCAGUGUCUUUGCUAGUUUAUUUGCUUCAUCAACUGCAUCUGGAAGCUUACAGCCUCCUCAAACUCCAGCAUUUACUGACCUAAUCCGGGCCAUGGCUCACCCUGAUCACCCAGCGGGUCUUGCUGCACCAACCACUGAACCCAUUUCUCUUUGCCUUUCUUCCAAUCAUGGGUCAUCAAUAUUUGGUGCUGCAGGGCAAGAGCGUAGGCAAUAUGCACCUCCACCUCAACCAGCAAUGUCUGCCACUGCACUAUUGCAAAAAGCUGCUCAAAUGGGGGCUGCUUCUACAAAUGCAUCAUUUCUCCGUGGUUUGGGGAUUGUGUCAUCUUCUUCAUCAUCUUCACAGCAAGACAAUAUGCCAUGGGGUCACGGGCAAGUAGAGCCUGAGAAUACCUCUGUCACUGCAGGGCUGGGAUUAGGCUUACAUUGUGAUGGAGGUUCCGGAUUAAAGGAAUUGAUGAUGGGAACUCCUUCUGUGUUUGGUCCUAAGCAAACUACCCUAGAUUUUCUGGGAUUGGGGAUGGCUGCUGGUGGAAGCCCUAGUAGUGGCCUAUCAGCUCUAAUUACAUCUAUUGGUAGUGGUCUGGAUGUGGCCGCUGCAGCGGCUUCCUUUGGAGGUGGAGAAUUCACUGGCAAAGACAUGGGAAGGAGCUCUUGACCUAGUCUGGGAAUGAAACUAUUACUUCCCAAUUUUGACUUGGGGAAAUAAGGUGUACAUUGUAUAGAAUAUCUGGUUCAGGGCAAUUGAUUUUGCAAAAGAACAAGGCUAAAGAUAAAAUUUUGCAUAAAUAAUUGCCAUUAUGGAGGUAAGCGUCGGGUCAUCAUGGGCAGUUGGUCUUUUUAAAAUCAUUGUGUUGCCUUGAUCAGGCAGAGUUGUGAUAAGAGAAAAUGCAAAGAACUUUUCUUUCCUCAUUAUGUAUUCGGGGCUUAACUUAUUCGGUCUACUUGCACUGAAUGUUACGAUCACCUGAGCUAAAGAAUUUACAUUGUUUCUCCGUUGAUCAACAUGGUCAUCCAUGCAGAUAUCUGCUGUGCACUACAAGUAUUGAGAUCAUUUUAUGGGAAAGUAGAUGAGACUUCAUAAUUUGAUUAGCAGCUCUAGACCUGAAUAUUUGUUUCUGUGAGGUGGGAAUCAGACAUGGAAUGGGCAUCUUGCUGCUGAUAGUUGCAUUUAAGUUGAUCUUGUAAUUGUUUAUAUUUAGAUUUUUGCUUCUGCAACUCUUGUUCUUAUAAAUGAAAUCUGAAGUUAUUGUAAGAUUUUGAACUUCAUAGGGUCCAUCUUCAUGUCAUUAGGUUGAGAGAUGAGAUAUGAAGGCUUUGAUGUUUAUUUACUGCUACAAAAAUAAAAGAAACAAUGUAAUUUGGAUUUC